AUGAGGACGCUUUUGCUUCUGCUGCUGUUCAUCUAUGAGGCCCGGAGCCAUGCGGUGUCAACGCCCAACUUCGUCCUACUGAUGGCCGACGACCUUGGCAUUGGGGAUCCUGGCUGCUAUGGAAACAAGACCCUCAGGACUCCCAAUAUCGACCGCUUGGCCAGAGGGGGAGUGAAGCUCACGCAGCACCUGGCGGCAUCACCCCUGUGUACACCCAGCAGGGCGGCCUUCAUGACGGGCCGGUAUCCCAUCCGCUCAGGAAUGGCGUCUCGGUCCCAAGUGGGAGUUUUCGUCUUCUCGGCCUCUUCCGGAGGACUUCCCCACAGUGAGAUUACGUUCGCCAAGCUGCUGAAGAAUCGAGGCUAUUCCACAGCUCUGAUAGGAAAGUGGCACCUUGGCACCAGCUGUCACAACAGAACGGACCUCUGUCACCACCCCUUGAGCCAUGGCUUCGACUAUUUCCACGGGCUGCCCGUGACCAACCUGCGGGACUGCAAGCCGGGAGAAGGCAGCGUGUUCAGCAGGGCAUCACCACGGUCUUUACUCUUCAGGAAUGCUAAGACCCCUUUCUUGCUUGUCCUGGCUUUCCUACACAUGCACACGGCUCUCUUCUCUUCGAAGGACUUUGCCGGCAAAAGUAAACACGGCGCUUAUGGAGAUGCUGCCGAGGAAAUGGAUUGGAGUGUUGGGCAGAUUUUGGAUGUUCUAGAUGAGCUGAAACUGGCUAAUAACACCCUGGUUUACUUCUCCUCGGACCAAGGAGCACAUGUCGAGGAGGUGACUGUCAAAGGGGAAGGUCACGGAGGCAGUAACGGAAUCUAUAAAGGGGGAAAAGCCAACAACUGGGAAGGAGGCAUCCGGGUUCCAGGCAUCCUCCGAUGGCCAGGGGUGAUCCAGGCUGGGCUGGAGAUUGAUGAGCCAACAAGCAAUAUGGACAUCUUCCCCACGGUGGUCAAACUUGCGGGGUCCCCUCUGCCGGAAGACAGGAUCAUCGAUGGACGUGACCUGAUGCCCCUGCUUCAAGGGAGAAGCCAUCGUUCGGAUCACGAGUUUCUCUUCCACUACUGCAACUUCUACCUGAAUGCCGUGCGCUGGCACCCACACAACAGCACGUCCAUCUGGAAAGCCUUUUUCUUCACACCCAAGUUCUUCCCCGAGGGCGCCAACGGAUGCUUUACCACCCACGUGUGUUUCUGUCACGGGCAAUACGUCACCUACCACGACCCGCCUCUGCUCUUUGACAUCUCGCAAGACCCCAGGGAGAGAAACCCGUUAACUCCGACGUCACAGCCCCGGUUCCGGGAGAUCCUGGAGACCAUGCAGGAAGCGGCAGCCCGCCACGCUGAGACCCUGCGGGACGUCCCCAAUCAGCUGUCGCUGGGGAACCUUAUCUGGAAGCCGUGGCUUCAGAUGUGUUGCUCAUCGUCAGGCCUGUCUUGCCAGUGUGACUGGGAGAAGCAGGUUGGGAGAGGAAGCCGUUAG